AAGCUGAGAGGUGUAAGAUUUUAAAGAUGUCCUCACACAGAGGUGUGCCUGUACAGUACAGAAUAAAAGUGGCUGGGACAGCUACAAUAACAACAUUCAACAGACUUCUGGAUCAGUACAUGGAGAGGAGGGAUUUUGGGGGUUAUGGGCCAUAUGCAUGAUGGGGAAUGUGGAAUGAGAUUAAAAUGGGGGUGGUGGGGGUUAAGAGUGGGGGGGAGUAGGGUUAAGUGAGGAGGGGGAGGUGGUAAUGACAGAUGAAGGCAAUGGAGGUGAAGGGGAGGGAUAACAUAGACAAAUGAGAGUGAUGGGGCACUGAAACUGAUGGAGUGGGGGAGGUGAGGAAAUGAAGGGAGGGGUAAGUGAGGGGAGGGUUGUAUUGAAGUGGAGGGAGGGUGGAGAGUGAGAUGGGAAGUGAGGGUGACGAGGAAGUGAGUGGGUGGGGGUGAGAUGGGGAAGUGAGGGGGUGGGGAAGAGAUCGACUGGGAAGGUUGGGGCCACUGGGAGUGAGGGAGACCGACGGAGACGCGAGGGGAGGGGAGGGGGAAUAGCUUGAGUGAAACCCAUGCAAAGCUCCACUUCCUUACAGUGAGUGUCGUCGGGCGGGGAGAAGGAGGAGAAAGGGGAGGAAGAGCCGGCGGUAGAAAGGGAGCGGAGAAUUACGCCGGUGUGACCGGGGAGCCGAAGCAGCCGGGACCGGUUCGUGAGCAGAGUGGCGGCGAGAGAGAGGAUCCCGGGACCGGCUUCAGCGCCGCUCCGAUCUGGCCGGGCUCGGCCGGGGCAGCGUGAGGGCACGGAGCGGGCUCCGGCCGGCUGCAGCUCCGCCAUGGCAGCUAAUAUGUACCGGGUCGGAGAUUGUGUCUUCUUUGAAAACUCUUCAAGCAAUCCUUUCUUGAUAAGGAGAAUUGAGGAACUGAACAAGACUGUUAAUGGCAAUGUGGAAGCAAAGUGUGUGUGUUUCUACCGGAGACGAGACAUUUCGAGCAGUCUGAUUGCACUUGCCGACAAACAUGCAAAGGAAGUGGAAGAGGAGAUGGAAAAUGGAGAGCUGCAGGAACUUUCUGAGAACGAGCGGCACCAGCUGAAGCACCGUGAGCUCUUCCUGUCACGGCAGCUGGAGUCCCUACCAGCAACCCACAUCAGGGGAAAGUGCAGCGUUACCCUGUUAAAUGAAACAGAGUUGCUUUUGUCCUAUCUGGAACGUGAGGAUGCAUUUUUUUAUUCACUCGUCUAUGAUCCACAACUGAAGACUUUGUUGGCAGAUAAGGGAGAGAUUCGUAUCGGCCCUCAGUACCAAGCAGACAUUACAGACCUACUGAAGGAAGGAGAGGAAGAUGGAAGAGAUCAAGCGGAAAUGGAAGCCAAGGUCUGGGAUGGGGACACUCCACUGACAGACAAGCAGAUUGACCAGUUCCUAGUUGUUGCUCGCUCUGUCGGAACGUUUGCCCGUGCUUUGGACUGCAGUAGUUCGGUGAGACAGCCCAGUUUACACAUGAGUGCAGCGGCUGCAUCCAGAGAUAUCACCCAGUUUCAUGCCAUGGAAACCCUGUACAAAAGUACCUAUGAGGUCUCGCAGGCCAUCUCUGCGCUGGUCCCUCAGGGUGGCCCAGUGCUUUGUCGGGAUGAAAUGGAGGAGUGGUCUGCUUCAGAGGCCAGCCUGUUUGAAGAAGCACUGGAGAAGUACGGAAAAGACUUUGAAGACAUUCAGCAGGACUUUUUACCCUGGAAGUCAUUAACAAGCAUUGUCGAGUAUUACUAUAUGUGGAAGACCACGGACCGAUAUGUCCAGCAGAAACGGCUGAAAGCAGCUGAAGCAGAGAGUAAACUGAAGCAAGUCUACAUCCCCAAUUAUAAUAAACCAAACCCAAACCAGAUCAAUGGGACGAAUGCAAAGGCGGGAGCGAUGAAUGGAGGCGGUGUGCUGGCGCCAAAUGGGACAGUAGCAGUGCUGGGACCUGGGCGAGCAUGCGAGAGCUGCUUCACCACACAGUCGUACCAGUGGUAUUCCUGGGGACCCCCCAACAUGCAGUGCCGUCUCUGCGUAGCCUGCUGGACCUAUUGGAAGAAGUACGGUGGACUGAAAACGCCCACCCGACUGGACGGAGAGAGGCCGGGACCCCACCGGAAUAAUCUGAGUGCCCACGGCACGCCGAUGAGGAAUAGCUCCAGGCCCAAGUUUGCCGUGAAGACACGACAGGCUUUUUACCUGUGUACGACCAAGCUGACAAGAAUAGCCCGGCGCUUGUGUCAAGACAUUCUGCAGCAGGCAGCCAGACAUCCGUACGUGCCGAUUAACAGUGCCGCCAUCAAGGCAGAGUGUACAUUGCGAUUACCGGAAGCAGAAAAUCGAGCCAUGGGGCUGAAGCGUGCUGUUAGAAAGCCCUUGGAAACAAUUGUGCAAUACUUAGAAGCUCAUCCGUGCCCGAAACAGGAGCGUGCUCAGGCUAGUCUGCACAUCAGCAACGUGACGCCUGCCAAAAUGAUGCCCAUCUUAAAUCACAGCUCUCCCACUAUCCUGGGCAAGCGAAGCUACGAACAGCACAACGACACCAAUGGGAAUAUGAAGAAACGCUUCCUGAUGCCUUAUAAGGGUAUGAUGAACCACACACAAGGGAGACAGAUGGAAGAUCCGCAAGUUACUUACUUCUUUUGAAUGGAGGCGGAGUGGGAGAUGGCUCCAAGCACAGAUCUUCAUUGAGCAGCAUGCCCUGGACCAUGCAAGAGGCCCAAAGUCUACCAUCACCAAUGAGCCCUUUGUCAUUGAAGAUUAAUGUCACCUCCUUAUACUUCAUACUGACCACGAUGCUUUUAUCCAGUGGAAGAGGAACAUUAUUUGUUUAUUUCUAUAUAAAACAAGUAUUUCAAAUGGCCUUCACCUUUACAACGUGAAUUUGGAUUGGCUGACCGAGUUGAGUCUGAGGCCAAAUGAUGUUUGUUAGUAAUCCACCCUCCCCUUUGUUUACUGUGCUGACCUCAGUAGGAGAAGAAAUCCUUUCAUUUAUAAGAAAGACUUUCACAACUACGGGACAUCCUGUGGGUCAUUAAGGUGAAGAAGUAAUUUUUGAGGUCACCUCACUUACAAUGUAGGGGAAUGAAGUGGCCAAAUUAUGCCAGCAAGAUUCCACAGUCAUCAUUGAAAUAAAUGGCGAUUAUUUCA